AUGGAAUUAAGUGAUACCAGAGAAAGAAUGAACUCCUUUGUUGAUAGAAUCAACGAGGCUCCAAAUGUAGUCGCUAAACAUGCCGUAUUCUCAGAACUUUAUGAUGUUUUGGAUGUGGUAACCUCUUCGUUAGAGUAUGACGAGUUUUUGAAGAAGAUAAUGCCGCUCAUUUUGAAACAAUUGAAAGAAGUUGACAUAUCAAUGGACGCGUUUUCUCCAGAGCACAAAUUACGAAACACAUGUCUUGAGCUUUUGAACAGAUGUCCUCUCAAUGAUAAAAUGGAACCAAUGGCCCUUGAAGUUUUGAAAUGUUUAUUAGAAAUAUUAACAUCAGAAAACGAUGAGAAUGGUGUUUUAUGUAUGAAGAUCCUCACAUCCCUAUUCAAAUGUUACAAACAGCAAUUAGAAAAUGAGGUGAACUCAUUCAUAAAGAUUAUCGUUGGAAUCUAUGAAAAUGUCCCUUCGCUUGUGGCUUCUGCAUUUCCAGAAGAUGAAGAGGAUAUCAUGUCUGCAACUGGUAUUCCAUCUAAUAAAACAUCAUACGAUGAAUCUAAUAUUAAUACAAAUGAUGAAGACGGGUUAGAAAACUUAUCAACUUCAUCAAAGAAAACGCUUGUAAAAUCUACGGAAUCCUUUAAAACGUUGUCGGAAUGCCCUAUAACGAUGGUAACUCUAUUCUCAUCUUAUAAACAUUUGAUUUUAGUUGAUUUACCGACCUUUCUACCACUCAUUAUUGAUUUAUUAACUUUAGAGGUAAAACAACAAAGACUGACAAGAGAGGAGUUAGAAGCAAAGGGGGAAAAGCUCAUCGGUGUGUCACCAAAGAUAAAAAAUCGUACUACUUUCUGCGAAUAUGUUUUAGCGCAGAUAAAAGCUACUUCUUUCUUGGCGUAUGUAUUCAUUCGCGGAUACGCAACAGAUGUUUUGAAGUUACACGUGAAAAAGGUUCCCGACCUAGUUAUGAGACUCUUGCAAGACUGUCCAAGCGAAUCUUCUUCUGCUAGAAAGGAACUCUUACAUGCAACUAGACACAUCUUAUCAACUAGUUACAAGAAGCUCUUUUUACCGAAAAUCGGAUUAAUGUUUGAUCAAAACGUUCUUAUCGGCGAUGGCUUUACCUCAUACGAAAUGCUAAGACCCCUAGCAUAUAGUACACUCGCUGAUUUCAUUCACAAUAUCAGAUCUGAACUAGCAAUGAGUGAUAUAGAGAAAACUGUUAAAAUGUAUACAAGCUUCCUUCUUGACGAAUCCUUAGCUUUAACAGUUCAGAUAAUGAGUGCUAAACUCUUACUUAACCUCAUUGAAAGGAUUCUAACACUAGGGAAGAAAGACCCACAAGAAGCUCCCAAAGCCAAGAAGCUAUUAAUGACAAUCAUAGAAGCCUACACUGCAAGGUUUAAGAUAUUAAACUCACAGCAUAAAAAGAUUUUGCAGCAGCAUAAAAUCUAUGAACAGAAUAAAGCUAAAAAGGCAAAAGAGAUUCAAAGCCAAAUAGCAAAAGGAAGGCACGACAUCGACGAAUACAUGGUCAGUAUAUUAAAAUCCAGCGAGGGGCUCACGUCGCUGGCCGAACAUUCAGAGAUUAUAAAGAGAGAUCAAGAAGGUGAUAUUAUAAUGGAAGAUUCUUCUGUUAUAGCAUCCAAUAACAAUAAUGUGGAAGUUCCAAACGGUGAGCUAUCAAAGGUAGACGAAAACUCUUCAAACCCUGAGAGUGAAGAAAAAGUCACAGAAAACGUAUCAGCUUCUGAGUCAAAAUCAAAGAAACCAGAAGAUCAAAUGCUUGAUCUAACUGAUAUCCAAAACCUGUCACCGAUUGUACUCUUUCAGACUACUUCUAAUGAUCCCCUAAAAGAUGCUUUUUAUUUAUUCCGUACUUUACUUUCAUUCCUGAAAACCAUCAUUCACGACCUAAAGGUAUUCAAUCCUCCUCCUAACGAUUAUACCACAAUGAAUCCUAAAAUGUGGUCUGCUUUAUCUAGAGUUUUCUCAUAUGAAGAAGUGAUGGUACUAAAGAAUUUAUUUCACGAAUGUAUAGCGGGCCUGCAUCUUUUUUCAUCUAAUCCGGAAGGAAUCGAUCCAUCUACUGUUAAAGAACAUUUUGAUAUCACAACACCUAGCUUACCGGUGGCUGCAACAAAGGAUGGAAGAGAGCUUAUGGACUAUUUUGCAAUCAUAUUCAUGCAAAUAGAUAGUCCAGUAUUCAAUGAAAUUGUAGAAAGUGAAAUUGACUUUAUUUAUGAAUCGUUACUUCGUGAUUCAGCGUUGUUACACGUCGCACAAUCAUUUUUGACUAGUGAGAUAACGUCUCCAAACUUUACUGGAAUCUUACUUAAGUUUUUGAAUUCUAAACUUCCUGAAUUAGGAAAUGUCGAUAGUAACAAGUCCAAUAUAUUAAUAAGGUUAUUCAAACUUUCAUUUAUGUCAGUUAAUCUUUUCCCAAUCACAAAUGAGGCUGUUCUUCUACCGCAUUUAAACGAUCUAAUUUUGAACUCCCUAAAAUACUCAACAAAAGCUGAAGAGCCACUUGUGUACUUUUACCUUAUCAGGACACUGUUCAGAAGUAUCGGAGGAGGGAGAUUCGAAAACUUAUAUCGUUCAAUUAAACCAAUAUUGCAAACACUUUUACAAUCUCUCAAUAAAAUGAUUCAAACAGCUUGUAGGCCACAUGAAAGAGAUCUAUAUGUUGAGCUAUGUUUGACCGUACCUGUGAGGCUCAGUGUACUAGCACCUUACUUGAACUAUUUGAUGAAACCUUUAGUAUAUGCCUUGGUUGGGUUCCCUGAACUAAUUACUCAAGGUCUCCGUACACUAGAGUUGUGUAUUGAUAAUCUUACACCAGAAUAUUUUGACCCUAUUUUGGAGCCUGUGGUUGGAGACGUCAUUAAAGCGUUAUUCGACCUUUUAAAACCGCAACCAUUCAACCAUCAAAUAAGUCAUACAACAGUUCGUAUCCUCGGUAAACUCGGAGGUAGAAAUCGUAGAUUUAUCGAAGCUCCUAAAGACCUAAAAACCAAAUCGGAACUGGAUAUUGAAGUAGAUGGAUGGUUUAAAAUAUACGGCUUCAACGCUGAUGUACCCUUAUCAAUUACUCCCGGCAUAUCUUCUGCUGCUGAUAUAUUGAAAGACUAUAGGAUAGACUUGUUCUAUCGUAAAAGCGCUUAUAAUUAUUUGGCAGCAGUUUUAAAAUUACUUCUCAGCUCUGUUGGUUCAGUACCUGAUACAUUGACAGCAUCACUUCAAAAAGGUGUAAAGCUUUUGUGCGCUGAUGAAUUGAAUGAUAACGUAGAAUUUAACGAUGAAAAAAUUAAAGACUUGAGAAAAUUUAAUAAUUCUGAGGAAUUAUUGUUAAAGCUUUUAGAAUGUCUCUUUUAUGCGGCUUCAAUUGAUGAACUAAAAGAUGAUGUAACACAAUUAGUAAAGAAAGUCGUUACACACUUCUCUCUUUUACAAGUAAAUGAAGCCCUCUCUGAAAAAAGAAGACAACCUCAUGUGUUCAGUGUUGAUGUUAAACAGCCAGAUGUUUGCAUAAGCUGCGAUAUUCUUCUAAAGGCUAUUAAGAACGGCUUAUGUUCAUAUCUUGAAGAAUCCAGGAGUUUAUCGGUUGAAGCAAUAAAACAAGUACAUGAUAUUGGUAAAAUCAUAUACGGGGAAGACGUCUAUUUGGAACAUUCUUUUAUUACUACUCUAAUGAGAACGUUCAUCCAUCAGUUUUAUUCAGAAACUUAUUAUGAAAAACGAGCAGGUGUCAUAGGUAUUCAAACAUUAUUGAAAGACCUAAUGUUGCCAGUGGAAUAUGUGAAGAACUUUCAGUAUGGAUUGACUUCAGGAUUGAUUUUUGUGCUAAAAGACACGCAUCCGGAGGCACCAGCUUUCAUCACAGAGGACGCCAAAAACUUACUCUUCCAUGUAAUUGAGACUACUUGUGCUGAUGUAAAGGAGGAGAAUUUAGGCGAUAAACACUUACAAAACUCUAUCACUGAUAUUGUAUGCGAGCUAAGUAAUCCUACUGAAAUCGUUAGAAAUGUUUGUCAAGAAUGUUUAGAGAGAAUAUCUAAGUUGACAUCCAUACCUGUUGUUACAUUGAUGGAUCAUGCAAAGAAUUUCCUUCUUUCUCCAAUUUUUGCAAAACCUUUGAGAGCAUUACCGUUCUCCAUGCAAAUCGGAAAUGUUGAUGCUAUUAUUUAUUGUUUGCGUCUUCCAAACUCUUUCCUCAAAUUUGAUGAAGAACUCUUCCGUCUAUUACAUGAAUCAAUUGCCUUAGUAGAUGCGGAUGAUAUUUCCCUUGCAAGCACACAGAGAAUCACUGAAUAUCAAACAUCACAGCAGCUAAUCAAGCUCAGAGUGGUUUGUAUUCGCCUUCUUGCCCAAGCUUUGCUAAACCCUGAAUUCGCCAAUGCACAAAAUGGAUCCAUUAGAAUUAAGGUUUUAGCUGUGUUUUUUAAGACAAUGCUAAAGCCAUCCCCGGAAAUUAUUGAAGCAACGUACGAAGCCUUAAAAGUUGUUCUUGCCGAAAAUUCAAAGCUUCCAAAGGAGCUGUUGCAAAAUGGUUUGAAGCCUAUGCUAAUGAAUCUCUCUGAUCACCGUAAAUUAACGGUUCCUGGUCUACAAGCUUUGGCCAAACUAUUAGAACUUCUUAUUGCUUACUUCAAAGUUGAAAUCGGUAAAAAGUUAUCAGACCAUUUAGAUGCAUGGUGUAAAAUUGAAGUUCUAGAUACACUAUUUGGUAAGGAAAUCUUUCAACAAACACCGGCAAAGAUUAUCUGCAGUAUAUUUAAUAUUUUCCAUUUGCUACCUCCUCAAGCUGGAAUCUUUUUGAAUGAAUUGGUCUUUAAGCUUAUCUCAUUGGAACAGAAAUUGCGUUUACAGUUGGAUUCUCCAUUCCGUGUGCCUUUGGCGAAAUAUAUGGAUAGAUUCCACACCCAGGUUUUGACAUACUUCAAAAAUAAUAUGAGAUCAAGGCAACUUGUUCUUUUGAUGUGUUCCAUUAUACAAAAACCAGAAGCACCAACUUUACGUCAAAUAUUUGAGCCAAACCUAAAGGAUUUCUUAAACUUCUAUAACGAACAGAUAAUUGAGAAUCCUGUACGUACGGUCAGCUUUUUUGCAAACUCAGUUGAUUUAGUUUAUGUUUACCAUAAAUUGAAUUCUGAUGGCUGGAUUUUACAAAACACUGACAUUCUCAUUGAUUUGAAAAAAAUGUUAACUACCGUUCUUAAGUUGAUCAAUGAGUCCAAUUUCAAUAUUGAUAUCCUCCAAUUGAAUCAAAGCAUCCAGAAAUUCCAGAAAAUGUAUUUGGCUUAUUUAAAGCAGAAAAAGAACAACGUUCCUCUAUUCUUGGAAAUUAUCGAAUUCUCCUUCACGCAUGAAUUGAAAAUGUUGAAUGAAUUAAACUUUUUCAUAUUUGAUGACAUUAUAUGCUCUGGUGAUGUCACCGUAAAAAGUGAAUACAUACUAGGGUGUUUGACUUAUGCUUUUGAUAAUUCAAAAUCAUUGAAAGCUAGAAAUUUCGUAUUAAAAAAGGUUGUGAAUGCUAUUUUGAUCCAUGAAUAUCAAACGCAUAAUACACUUGAAAGCUUGAUUACCCCUGGUAAUAAAAUAUUUUCAUUCCUUCAGGAUAAUAUGUGGCACCCCACAACUAUGUCACCUUUAUUGAGCACAUCCGCAGGGAAAUUUGAUGCCACGAGAUUUGAGCUUCUACAGCUCACUGCUAUUAUUCUAAAGUAUGCUCCCUCAAUUGUCGAAACGUUGAAAAAAGAUAUAAUCAAAUUUGCUUGGAGAUUCAUAAAACUUGAGGAUAUUCAAUUAAAGCAGGCCGCUUAUGUAACCACUUCUCUUUUCAUUUCGAAGUUUGAUCUUCCUUUGAACAUCAUCACACAAGUAUUUGUUGCGGUUUUGAGGGUUCAUCAAAUUGAAGCAAGGUUCAUGGUCAAAGAAGCUUUAGAUCUCUUGGCACCAGUAAUCUCCAGCCGCUCUAAAAAUACAGACGAAUCGACUGUUUGGGUAAAUUGGGUGAGGAGGAUUAUUUUGGAAAGCGAUUUCCAGCAAAACACCAUUUUAUAUCAAUUCUUGAUAAGUCAAAAAGACAUUUUCUGUGAAUACAAAGAUAUGUUCAUUCCUAACAUCAUUUCUUAUAUUGGAAGAUUAACUCUACUGACAAAUCCUUCGAGUGAAAACCAGACAUUAACAAUUGACUUAUGUGACUUGGUAAUGUAUUGGGAAAAGAGAAGUUCUUCAGAAAACAUUGAUGGGAAAGAUAUAGACAUGGAAAACAAUGGUAAUAUUGUAUCAUCAUCGUCUACGUCACUCUCUCAAAGAGAGGCCUUUGCAGCGUUUUUGAUCCGUUUCAUCUGCGUUAGUAAUCAUAGAGCUUGUGAAACUCCAUUGGGUUCAAAGGCACUAUCUGUCCUAACAGAACUUUUGUCUAUCGGAUAUUUGCCAGAAGCUGUUGUGAAACUUUCUUAUUUCGAAAAAUUUUUAAUUCAACAAGAUUUGGAGUCUUCUAAUAUACUAUACUAUUGCAUGAACGCUUUGGAUGUCCUUGAUAUAAUUUUCAAAACCAAAGAUCCAAAGUGGAUUGUUGCUAAUUUGAAGACUAUUCAAAAUUUAUUGGACAAAUGUUUGCAUGCAAAUCACCAUGAUUUACAAGAAACAUUACAGAAGGUUUUAAGCACUGUCUUACAAGCAGUUAAAGCAGAUGAACCAUCCUUUGCUAUUGAAGAAGAUUCUGAUAGCAAGGUAUUUGUCUCAUCAAUUUCCUCAAUAAUUUCUGAUAAUUUGAAUGGAACAACGUCAGUCGCAGCUGGUGUGAUUCUUUGUUGGACCCUUUUCGUUAAUAUUCCUUCACAAAUUGACUCAUUACUUCCACUUUUGAUGAAAACUUUUAACAAGUUAUGCAAGGACCACUUGACAAUAUCUCAACCAAAAGAUGCUAGCGCUGCUGAAGAUGCACGUAUAACUACAAAAUUAUUAAAGAAGGUACUCUAUAUGCUUUCUUUCAAAGUUUCAACGUUAGGUGACUCUAGAAGACCAUUUUUGUCAACCGUUGCUUUGUUAAUUGAUCGUUCAAUGGAUCAAAACUUUUUACAAAAGAUUGUUCUGAUUGCUAGAAAUUGGGUUUUUACAAAUGAAAUAUUCCCAACAGUAAAGGAAAAGGCUGCUAUUCUAACAAAAAUGCUUGCUUUUGAAAUUCGUGGCGAACCCCAUCUAUCGAAACAAUUCUAUAAAAUUAUUCUUGAAUUAUUCGAGAACAAAAAAUACAACAACAGUGAAAUAACUGUAAGAAUGGAACAGCCAUUUUUAGUUGGUACUCGUGUGUCUGAUAUUGAAACCAGGACUAAAUUAAUGAAAAUUCUCAACGAAAGUUUAGACUCUGACAUAAAGGAACGUUUAUAUUACGUUGUAAGGGACCAGAAUUGGGAAUUUGUGGCCGAUUACAUGUGGUUGAACCAAGCUUGUCAGUUAUUAUUUGGUGCCUGUGAUAUGGAACAUGUUGUGAUGUUAAAAGAUAAAUUCCCUCUUUCACCAUUGGAUGCAAUUGAGCGGAAUAUUGUUCUUGAAGACAGUGAUAAGCAGGUUGAAAACUCUGAAUUAUACAAAUUGGUAGAAGAGCACAAAAAGUUCAUUGACGAAAUUCAUUCUAUUAAAUGCAAGGAUCUUAUCAGACCCCUCAUUGACAUUUUCUAUCACAGCCCUGAAGCUGUCCGUUCGACAUGGGUGAACUUCUUCCCGGUUGCAUACAAAUCGAUACCGAGAAACGAAAAAUAUGGGUUUGUAAGAUCGUUGGUUGCAUUGCUAUCAAAAGACUAUCAUUCUAAGCAAGCAUCUGUGCAUAUCAAUAUUAUAAGCACUAUAUUGGAAUCUGUUAGUAAAAUUGAAUCUCUAGAGCUUCCUCCACAUCUCGUUAGAUAUCUGGGUAUUACUUACAAUGCAUGGUAUCAGUCUAUCAACUUAUUGGAACAGAUUCAAGAGACCUCUACUAUUGAUAAUAGUAAAAUAGUAGAAACAAAUGAAGACGCUCUACUCGAGCUAUAUUCGAGUUUGCAAGAGGAAGAUAUGUUCUAUGGUCUCUGGAGAAGAAAGGCAAAGUACACAGAAUCUAGUAUUGCUUUAUCAUAUGAACAGAUUGGUUUAUGGGAUAAGGCGCAACAACUUUAUGAAGCUGCUCAAGUCAAGGCUAGAGGUGGUUUCUUGCCAUAUUCCGAAUCCGAAUACGAGCUUUGGGAAGAUAAUUGGAUAUUAUGUGCUAGUAAAUUACAACACUGGGACAUUUUAACUGAGUUGGCUAAACAUGAAGGCUUUACAGACUUGCUACUAGAGUGUGGAUGGAGAGUUGCAGAAUGGAAUGCGGAUCGUGAAGCUCUUGAACAUUCCGUGAAGAGUGUUAUGGAUGUUCCUACUCCAAGAAGACAAAUAUUUGAAACCUUUUUGGCGUUGCAACAAUUUGGAGAAACUAAGAAGGGUGAUCAAGAAGUUAGACGCCUCUGCGACGAAGGCAUCCAGUUAAGUUUAAAGAAAUGGAGUACAAUGCCAAAGCGGUUUACUCCAGCACACAAAGCUUUAUUGCAUACUUUCCAACAAUAUAUGGAAUUCCUUGAAGCCACACAAAUAUAUGCAAACCUUGCUACAACAACAGUUCAAAACUUGGAUACUAAAGCUCAAGAAAUAAAACGCGUUUUACAAGCAUGGAGAGAUAGAUUACCUAAUAUUUGGGAUGAUAUUUCAAUUUGGGACGAUUUGGUUACCUGGAGACAACAUGCUUUCAACGUUAUCAACAGUGCUUACCUGCCGUUAGUCCCUGCAUUACAGCAAGCAAAUAGCAAUAGUAAUAUCAACACACACGCGUAUAGAGGAUAUCAUGAAAUUGCUUGGGUGAUAAAUAGAUUCGCACAUGUGGCAAGAAGACAUAAUAUGCCGGAUGUUUGUAUUAGUCAACUUGCAAGAAUCUAUACAUUACCUAACAUUGAGAUUCAAGAAGCCUUCUUAAAGCUUCGUGAACAAGCAAAAUGUCAUUACCAAAAUAUGAAUGAACUAACAACUGGUCUUGAUGUCAUCAGCAAUACUAAUUUAGUAUACUUUGGAACUGUUCAGAAGGCAGAGUUUUUCACUUUAAAGGGUAUGUUCCUCUCUAAAUUACGUGCACAUGAUGAAGCUAACCAAGCAUUUGCUACAGCUGUGCAGAUUGAUCUAAACCUUGCUAAAGCAUGGGCUCAAUGGGGUUUCUUUAAUGAUCGUAGGCUUUCAGAGGAACCAAAGAAUAUCAGUUUUGCAAGUAAUGCAAUGAGUUGUUACUUACAAGCUGCAGGAUUGUAUAAGAACUCGAAAACCAGAAAGCUUCUCUCAAGAAUAUUGUGGUUAUUGGGUCGUGAUGAUUCUUCUAAUUCCUUAGCUUAUGCGUUUGAUUCUUUCCGUGGAGAGAUACCAGUAUGGUAUUGGAUAACAUUUAUCCCUCAAUUAUUAACAGCACUCUCACAUAAAGAAGCCUUUUUGGUUCGUAAAAUUUUGAUUAGAAUCGCGAAGAGCUAUCCACAAGCACUACACUUCCAGCUUCGUACAACGAAGGAGGAUUUCGCAGUUAUCCAAAGACAGAGCUUGGCAUUGGCUAGAACACAAGGUGAAACAGGAAAUGCUGAAGGUAAUGAUCCUUCUAAACAAACAUCUGCGGAUUCAUCUAGGGCAAACUCUCAAACUAAGCCUCAAGAUCAGGAAAAAUACGCAAAUAAUCGUCAACCUUGGGAAUACUUGGAAGAACUCAAUGGUAUAUUGAAAACAGCAUAUCCUUUAUUGGCGCUAUCAUUAGAAUCAUUGGUUGAUCAAAUUAAUCAAAAAUUCAAGACCAAUCCUGAUGAAGAUCUAUUUAGGUUGAUUAACGUCCUCCUAAUAGAUGGUACUUAUAAUUACAACAGAUUGCCCUAUCCUCGUGAGAAUCCACCAUUGCCCUCUAGCACAGAAGCAAACUUGAUUAGAUUUUCUGAGAAUUUACUUCCUCCUAAUAUUAGGGUUAAAUUUAAUGCUGAUUUCAUUGAAGGUAAACCUAACUUUGAAGUUUAUAUAAAACGCUUAAGAUUCUGGCGUAACAGACUCGAGAAUAAACUAGACAGAGCUUCUAAAGUAGAGAGUAUGGAAGCCAUCUGUCCAAAUUUGAGCAACUUCCAUCACCAGAAGUUCGAAGACAUAGAAGUUCCUGGUCAAUACCUAUUGAACAAAGACAACAACGCCCACUUUGUCAAGAUUGGAAGAUUUAUGCCGGAAGUUGAUUUCACCAGAGGGACCCAUACUUCACAUAGAAGAUUAACCAUACGGGGUCACGACGGAUCAUUACAUCCUUUUGCUGUUCAAUAUCCUGCUGUCCGUCAUUCCAGACGUGAAGAAAGGAUAUUCCAAUUGUACAGGUUACUAAAUGAACGUUUAAGAAAGAAUGUUCAAACAAGACGUCGUAAUAUUCAGUUCACGGUUCCUAUUGCUGUUCCUCUUUCUCCUCAGGUGCGUGUGAUGAGUGACAGUUCUUCUUUCAAAACCUUGCACCAAGUUUAUGAUGAGUUCUGUGCAAAGAAAAAUUUGGACAGGGAUGCUAUUCAAGAUUUUAUCACAGAGCAAUUGAACGUUGCGCAUGAUAAGGUGUUACCUCCUCCUGAUAUUACAGCCGUAAAGGUGGAGAUAUUUAGUUCAAUUCAUUCCUUAUUCAUCCCAUCCACACUAUUGAAGGAUUAUUAUUCUAAGAUCUUUACAGAGUUUGAGGACUUUUGGCUCUUCCGUAAACAAUUUUCCUCCCAGUAUGCGUCCUUUGUGUUCAUGACAUUUAUGUUAUCUAUUAAUAACAGAUCACCACAUAAGAUAUAUGUCGAUGAAAAGUCCGGAAAUGUUCAUACUUUGGAAAUGCUACCCUCUCGUUAUUCUUAUGAAAGAGUUAACCAGUAUGCAAAACAAUUUGAGGCCAAUCUACCAAACUCCGCGCCUGUCUUCCAUAAUAAUGAGCCAGUCCCAUUCAGAAUGACACCAAACAUUCAAAAACUAAUUGGUGAUUCUGCAAUGGAGGGUAUUUUCUCAGUGGGCUUAUUCGUUAUCGCACGUGCCUUGAUGGAACCAGAUCAUGAACUAAACACUUACCUAUCCUUAUUUAUACGUGAUGAGGUAAUAUCUUGGUACAGUAGUAUAAAUCGCUCAAUUGUUGAGGAUCCUCAUUUGUAUGCUAUUGUUCUGACAAACGUAGACUUGAUAAUCAGGAAGGUAGCUCAAUUUGGACAUAUGAGCUCUACACCAAGUGUUUCAACACAGUAUGUUUUGGACGCAAUUAGCGCUGCUGUGAGUCCAAGAAACUUAGCAAAGUGCGACCAAAGCUUCAUGGCAUGGUUGUAA